AUGGCGACCUCUCAAGCAGCAAUCGCGAAUAUUCAAAAGAAAGUAUGGGCGGGUAGUCUACCACUUGAGAUCCGACUGGCAAGUGCAGACUGCAGAACUGUCGACGAGACAGAUCCAUAUCUGAUCAAUGUCCCACGCCUGUCCUACCUCGCCUUCCUCCUGCCCCGUCUCCACGCCUUCUUCUCUCCUCAACUAAUAGACCCAUCAAUCCCCUUCCAAAACGCCUGGCUAUCUUUCGAAAAUGUGGCCCUAAAAUAUCACUACCCGAUCGGUUUACUCUACGACCUGUUUUCUGGAGCUGCACCUGCUAACCCAGAAGACGAUGGCACUGAAGAUCUAGAAGAGUUACUGCCUUGGAAGUUGGUCUUGAGGUAUUCAGAGUUUCCGGAUGAGCAGUUGAUGGGACUUGAUGCUGAGGGGAAGGUGUUGAGAGAUUGUUUUGUGAAUGCGGUGAAGGAGGCAGAUGUGAUACGAAACGGCAAGGGUAACGUGUAUAUGGGUCUGAGCAAAGAUGACUCUGACAAUUUGUGGCAAGCAGUGCAAGACCAUUGGCUAAGAUAUGGAAACACAGACGACCUUGCCAAAUUCAACACGGUUCACAAUAAGUUGCUCAAUCCACCGGGCACACCUCUUCGCAAUAUCCCAAUCAAGAUCUACCUUCCUACCGCGCCACCGGCAUCAAGUUCUGGUAGUGGUGAGGCAGAACCAGCGCAAGCCAGUAUAAGGACGGUGCAAGGUCUUGUCGCUCCAUCUUCCGCAACGCGCCAACCGAAUACUCUUGGCAUGGCGCUGAAUCAGAUACUGCCGACCGUGUUUCCUAGUAGACGAAAUCCGGUUCUCGCAGUGCCUGUGUUGCAUGGAGCGGUUGUGCCCAUGAAUGCACCUGUCGAGGAGCUCAUGCGAGCUGCUGCGUUCACGGAUGGGUUCUUACAUGUUGUGAUUGUUAUGCUGUGA